CACACACUCUGCAGAGGAGUGUGUGUUCAGAGAGCCAGCAGAGGAGGAAGCCGUCGUCUGAAGGUGCGGACGCUCCACUGUGCCUUCAACUCUCAGCUUCCUGUUUCAUUAUUUUUAACUGCUCCAUCAAACGGUGUGGGACAGGACGCUGCCUAAGGACAUCUGUCUGAGGACAUCUGUCUGAGGACGUCUGUCUGAGGACAUCUGUCCUCAGAGUUUGACUCUCCUUCAGGACUCAGCACAUUCAGGUCGUCCUCUCUGUAGCCAACAUGUCUGCAGCCGUCCUGCUGCUGCUGAACUGCUGUGUCCUCACUGUCCUCAUCGUCCCUCCAUGCACAGGCCAAGGAAGUAACUGCAGCUGCAGCGUCACCAACAGCCACUGUGAUGAGUCCGGAGUCUGCAGGUGUGACCCCGGUUGGGACGGCGACCGCUGCGACCGCUGCGUGCCGAUGCCUGGCUGUCGCCACGGCUCCUGUCAGCAGCCGUGGCAGUGCAGCUGUGAUCUGGGCUGGGGGGGACGCUUCUGUGACAAAGACCUGUAUGUGUGCUCGGAGCAGCAGCCGUGUCAGAACGGAGCUUCCUGUGUGAUGGAGGACAGCGGUGAAUACACUUGUCUGUGUCCUGAAGGUUUCCAUGGCAGAAACUGUCAGCUGAAGACCGGACCCUGUCACCGGAGGAGGUCUUCAUGUAAGAACGGCGGUCUGUGUGAGGAUGCCGAUGGUUUUGCAGCAGAGUUGACGUGUCGCUGUCUGGCCGGCUUCACGGGGCCGCGCUGUGAGACCGACGUGGACGACUGUCUGAUGAAACCGUGCGGUAAUGGUGCCACCUGCUUGGACGGCGUCAACCGCUUCUCCUGCCUCUGUCCCGCCGGCUUCACCGGCCGCUUCUGCACUGUCAACCUGGACGAAUGCGCCAGCCGGCCCUGCCUCAAUGCCGGCCACUGCCUCGACCGUGCCGGAGGCUUCCACUGCAUCUGCCGGCCUGGCUACUCCGGAGCCACCUGCGAGACGCUGGAGAGGAGCGACUCCCCCGAGUCUGGAUGGACAAUGCUGGGGUGGCAGGGGGGAGGAGGUGGCGAGCCGGGGCACCACUCGACCACUGGAGGUAAGAACCAAAGGACCAGCAGUAACAGCAGCCAUCACGACGACCGGCUGUUUAAGGUAACGGUGAGCGAGCGCGGCAGCCCCGGCCUCUCAGAGGUCCAGCUCAUUGUCCUGCUGGUGCUGGCAGGGCUGACGCUGGGCGUGGUGGUGCUGACUGCCGCCCUCGUCCUGCAUGGGAACUGCAGGGACUGUGGCCACGCCCCCUGUUGGUCAUCAUCAUCGCAGCAAGGACAGAAGAGCAGGCGGAGAGCCCAGCAGGACGAGCAGGACUGUCAGAUCAGCUUCCUGAAUGCUGCGGAUCCAGAGAAGAAGAAACUCAACGUGGAGGUCGUAUAGACUGAGUAGGCGUCCGAGCACGGGAGUGACACACGGGGGGGCUCUCUCACCCCUGCAGGAUCAGAGGUCAGAGGUCAGAGCUGUCGUCUUGAACCUGAAAAGUAUAACUGACUUCACCUGCCUCAGGUUCAGGUCUGAGCUGGGGUCCAGGCUGCUGUUGCCAUGGAGAAGUGGUCUGUCCGCUGCUGAACUGACUCUGCUGCAGAUCCGUCUUUAACGUCCACUGUUAGUGGUUCACAUGACACAACUUCGAGCUCUGUGAUUGGAUGUUUCUUGGCCAGAUGCAUGUUGGGAGUCGUAGUUACCUUCACGCCAGAACAUCUGGACUUUUUAUUGAGGAAGCAGAUGUUUUCUAACAGAUGUUCGCCUCGUUGAUCCACCUGUGACUCACUGACUCAGUGCAGGAACCAGGAGAGUCUGAAAGAACGGCUCACGCUUCGAAUGACAUCAUGUUUUUGGUCAUGUGACCUGUGGAACAUAAAGUCGCAAGAAAAAUGUCAUAGUUUUCUGCAUUAAUUUGUCCUAAAAUGUGACCUUGAAAAUGCUCAGGUGUUAGCAUACCUGCAAGAAGAUCAGAUCACGUUUUAGGACAAAUUAUUUAAAGUCGGCGUCGGCACGGCGACGUCACUGACCCCGCGGAGCAGGAAGCAGCGUCAGGCUGGGCGUCAGUGACGACACCAGACGCUUCCUGUGGUUCUUCUGCUGAGGUUUAAAGCUGAUUUGACUCUGAGCCAGAAUGUUUGUAUGUUCAGAUGGUCAGUGAACUGUUUCCACGUGGAGGUAAAACAGGCUGCGUCUCUGCAGCUUUCAAACCUAAUUUAUUGGUGUAAUUUAUCAGCAGUGUGCGUGUGUGUGUGUGACGUUCUGCUGAGACUCUUACGUUUUUAUAACAAACUGUGCAAUAAAGUUGUGAACGAUGAGCUCUGAAGCCUGAGAGCUGGAGUUUUUCCUACUGGCAGCAGACGUG